CAGCAUGGAGGACUACGGGCGGGAGCCGUGGGGCGCGGAGGACACCUUCCACAGCCGGUUCGCGGCCGAGCUGGAGGUGCUGGCCGAGCGGGAAGGUGGGCCGGCAGGGCCGGAGGCCUGCGGCGACCUGCUCUCCGGGGCGCCCGGCGCCAAGCGGCCCCGGCUGGAGCUGGCCCCCCGCCGCGUGCUGCGCCGGGCCCCGGUCCUGCAGGACUUCGUCUCCGUGACGUCCACCGACGGCCACCGGGCCUUCCUGGUGCUGCGAGCCGACCCCGCGGAGGGCCCGAGCCUCCUGCCCGACGUCCGGUGGCGAGGUGGCGGCCGGCUGGAUCUGCUGGGGCUGCCCCUGUCCUCCCUCAAGGAGCAAGUCGACCACGAGCGGCGGCAGCGGGACGCCCUGCACAGCCCCGGGCCCGCGGAGGAAGGCGCAGAGGCCCGGCCCGGGGCGGCCCCCGAGGAGCGGCCGGCCGAGCAGGACGCCCAGCACGACCUGUGGGUGGACGAGUUUGCGCCCCGCUGCUACCGGGAGCUGCUCAGUGACGACUUCACCAACCGCUGCCUCCUGAAGUGGCUGAGGCGGUGGGACCAGGUGGUGUUUGGUCACGAGAGACCGGCCCGGAAGCCCAGAGCUGGCGUGGAGCCUGGGCGUGGUGGCAAGGAUGCUGCAGCCCCUGGCAAGUGGAAGAGCCAUGAACAGGUGCUGGAGGAGCUGUUGGAGGCGGAGCUGGAUGCCAGCCGGAGGCCACGGCACAAGGUGGCCCUGUUGUGUGGGCCCCCCGGGCUGGGCAAAACGACACUGGCCCACGUGAUCGCGCGGCAUGCCGGGUACUGCGUGGUGGAGGUGAACGCCAGUGAUGACCGCAGUCCCGAGGCCUUGCGCGCGCGCAUUGAGGCCGCCACACAGAUGGAGUCGGUGCUGGGCGCCAGUGGGCAGCCCAACUGCUUGGUCAUCGACGAGAUCGAUGGGGCGUCCACGGCGGCCGUGAACGUGCUGCUGGGCAUACUGAACCACAAGGGCCCACAGGCAGCCUCCGCCGAGGGCCGGCAGCGUGGGGCCGAGCGGGGCCUUCUGCUUAGGCCUGUCAUCUGCAUCUGCAAUGACCUGUUCGCCCCCGCCCUGCGGCAGCUGAAGCAGCAGGCCUUGGUGCUCCAUCUGCCCCCGACCCUACCCAGCAGGCUUGUGCAGCGGCUGCAGGAGAUCUGCCUGAGGCAGGGCAUGCGGGCUGACCCGGGUGCGCUGGCUGCACUCUGUGAGAAAACGGACAACGACAUUCGCGCUUGUAUCAACACGCUGCAGUUCCUGCAUGGCCGGGGCCGGCGGGAGCUGAGUGUGCGUGCGGUGCAGGCCACGCACGUCGGCCUCAAGGACCAGCGCAAGGGCCUCUUCGCUGUGUGGCAGGAGGUCUUCCAGCUGCCCCGCCCCAACAGGCGACAGGCGAGCCAGGACCCCUCCUUGCCUGCUCUGGGGCUCCUGCCCGGGGAUGGGGACUCGGGCUCCCUGGCCUCGCAGCGCUUCUACCAUGUCCUGCACGUGGCCAGCUCUGCAGGCGAGCACGAGAAGGUGGUCCAGGGCCUGUUUGACAACUUCUUGCGCCUGCGCCUGCGUGAUUCCAGCCUGGGCACCGUGUGCGCGGCCCUGGACUGGCUGGCCUUCGACGACCUGCUGGGGUGUGCUGCCCACCACAGCCAGAGCUUCCAGUUGCUGCGAUACCCGCCCUUCCUGCCCGUGGCCUUCCACCUGCUGCUGGCCUGCAGCCACGUGCCCCGCAUCGUCUUCCCCAGCAGCCAGCAGGAGGCUCAGGUCCGGACCACCCAGAUGAAGAACCUGAUGCAGGCGCUGGUGUGUGGCAUCGCCCCUGCCCCCCGCAGCCGGGCAGCACCCCAGGCCCUGCUCCUGGACGCCCUGUGCCUGCUGCUGGACAUCCUGACCCCCAGGCUGCGGCCCGUGAGCACGCAGCUCUACAGUGCGCGGGAGAAGCAGCAGCUGGCCAGCCUGGUGGGCACCAUGCUGGCCUACAGCCUCACCUACCGCCAGCAGCGCAUGCCCGACGGCCAGUAUGUCUACCGGCUGGAGCCGAAUGUGGAAGAGCUGUGCCGCUUCCCAGAGCUGCCGGCCCGCAAGCCCCUUACCUACCAGGCGAAGCAGCUCAUCGCGCGGGAGGUGGAGCUGGAGAAGCUGCGACGGGCAGAAGUGGCCCGUGUGGGGAAGGGCAACCAGGUGAACGGGGGUCCCCCGGCACCGGGGGAGAGCAGGGUGCAGUCCCCUGCCCCUCGAGCCCUCCACAACCAUGAGCAGCGGCUGGCGCACCUGGGCAGGGCUGUCCCCGAGGAGCAGCCUGAGCGGGACUUCUUCGGACGUGUGGUGGUCAGGAGAGUGGCAGCCCCGAGGGCAGAUGACCACGCGGCCUGCGACAAGGACUCAGCGGAGUGGCGCAUGGGCACGGCCGUGGGCAGGAGCCAGGUCUGGUUCCGCUUCAAUGAGGGUGUGUCCAAUGCUGUGCGGCGCAGCCUGCACAUCCGGGACCUGCUGUAGUGGGCCCCCCACUCCCCACCCCAGGAGAAAACGGACUCACGCAGGGCUGGAAAGUGUUUAUAAACGCCUCGCCAGC